GACACACUCUCGGACUGUUGAAGAGGCCAUAUAAAGCUCUCUUUUCUCUGUAAAUAUGUCUCCUGGUUCCACACGCACUCGCGCUGGCCUCAAGGCUAUGCAGAAAUAAUGGCAUAUCUGAAGAAACGCAUGUCCUCUGUGGUCAUCUUUCGUUCUCAAGGAUGCAACAUAAACCGAAAAAACUCAUUAAAAUCGCACUGGUUUUGAUGUGAUCGAAUUUGAAAUCCUGACAAUGAUGAUGAUAAUGGAGAUAUCUGGGAUACGUUUAGUCAGAACAUGGCAAGCGAGAAGUAUAUAAGCCCCUCGCCCAACCGUUUUUCCUUAUCCUUUUUUUUUACUAGACAUGUGAGUUGGUUGCUAAACAAUAGACUAAAUGGGGGAAUCCUGGUAGACCAUGCAUUUCCCGGCGUGUACAGUGAGACAGGUACAUAUGUCAACCAGCGCAAUUUUAUGGUGUUCUCCGCUCUAAUCAGUCGGAGACGUGUCACUAAAAUCAGCUGCGGAGCCUUACUACGUAAUUGCUUACUCGAGGCAUUGAAUAUGUGACCCAUAGGGUAGUCAUGCCAUGUCUUUGGUUACAGUGUUCAGGAUAGCGGCGAUGAUUUUGGGGAAAGGUAUAAAAACAUGUCUUGUCUCUUUUCUAUGAACUUUCUAAAUUUUUGGCGCACCAACAUCAAUGACGUGUCUGGGAUGGGCUUAGCUGCACCAUGAGUAUUUUGAUGCCAUGCGUCAGCGUCUAAGAAUUUUACCCAGAGUAUAUUGUGCUAAUAUGAGGCCAUUGUGAUCAAUGAUACGGCUACAGCGUGUUUGUGAUUUGGUAACUUCGAUGAUGACGAUGGCGAUUUGAUAAGGUCUAGCCUGUUGACAACGGAAAGGUAUAAAUGCAUCCUUCUUUCGCUCUCCGUAAUCAUAUCUUCACCCCAUGCGCGCACCUGUGCUUGUAUAUGUAUAAGAAAUUCUACCGAAAUGUAAAAGCCAAAAACGUCAUGUUUGCCAGUAGAAAGUGAGUCGGGGAGAGCAGGCGUGAUUGGGACAUGUCACAUUUUUUUAGGAUCAUGAACGGUGAUGAUAAUGAUAUGCCAGAUGUAUAUCAACUGGAGAAGGUGCUGUGUGUAUGUGUCGCGCAACUAGUGGUCGACGUGUUUUUUUCGCGGAGGCCUUGCCAAACUAACAAGGACAGGGCCGCUCGGCAGUCCGCUUGGAUCACUGCAGCCCACAUCGCCCUAGACCAGCGCCCACGAACGCGUAUGUUCGGCAACUAUAGAGGCGUAUGAUCUCGUUAUUUUACUCUUGAUAGAUAUUGUCGUAAGAACUUGAUGCUAUCGAAUUUUGAAAUCUGAUCAGCCUCUCCGCUGGAGAGCCAGAAAUGAUAGUUCCUGGCCAACAAUUAUUUGCAGCCUUUAAUUUGGCCCCACUCUGCCUCAUAUUAGAGCUUUCUGGAGGAGGAGCCCGCGCGGAAGGGAAACACUUCAUGAGUCAACAAGGAGGAAGACCUGAUUCUCAGUCGAAAUAUGAGAAAGAGAACCUGGGGUACCUGCUCGCUAUUCACAUCUCCUCCCUCUUC